AUGAGCGGCGAGAUUGAUGCCGUUUACAUAUAUGACGAGCAAAACGCCCCUAUCGUCGAACAUGUAUACCGAUCCCGCCCGCCCUCGGCCUCCGCCAUCCUGCCCCUCUACCUUGCCCAUGCCGCCCCACGCCCUUCCUUACUCUACAUUCCUAGUGCUUCGCCACCAGUGACGGUGUUCUCCACCGUCGAGUCAAACUUGCUGUUCCUUGCGAUAAGCGAAGUCGACACGGAACCGCUCCUGGCGCUAGAGUUCCUGCAUCGCGUGGUCGAUGUGCUCGAGGACUUCGUCGGGGCACCGCUGCUCUCAACUAAGAUUCAAUCCAAUUAUGAUGUAGUCGCGCAGUUGCUCAAUGAGAUGUGCGAUGGGGGCACAGUGUGCAAUACCGAACCCAAUGCAUUGCAGGAAGUCGUUGAGGUUCCCGGAUGGAUGGGAAAGCUGCUUGGCGGAAUCGGAGUUCCUGGUACAUCUACACCCACGCUGGGAUCCUCCAAUCCCCUGAAACAAUCGCUUGCUGCCGCCAGUGCAUCCCAAGGACCCGCUAUACCGUGGAGACGGCCUGGUGUACGCCACACAUCUAAUGAACUAUAUGUUGAUAUCAUCGAAUCACUCAGCGUGACUAUGGCUCCUUCUGGGCGAUUGCUUUCUGCAUUGGUAUCUGGAACUAUUGCGUUCACUGCCAAGAUUUCAGGAGUCCCGGAUUUACUAUUAUCGUUAACAACACCAGGUGGCCAGCAUGCCAUUGGACGCAAGAUCGAACUACCAGUCUUCCACCCAUGCGUUCGACUAGCUAGGUGGAAGGAACGACCUGGAGAGCUCAGUUUCAUACCCCCGGAUGGAAGGUUCAUCUUGGCCGGGUACGAGGUGGACCUUCUCCCCAUAGAUCCUGAUCUGGAUGAGGCACCUAGCCAUAUGGAAAAGCUCUUCUUGCCUGCGAUUGUAGACAUUCGAAAAUCACUGGGGUCAUCCGGUUCUGAAUUUGAGGUCCGGCUGACUCUGAACACAAAUUUCCCGGGCCAGAGUUCGUCAUCGCGGCCUGGGGCUGGACGAAACGGAUCAGGUACAUCGACGCCGUCAUUCCUCGGGGGUGGAGGAAGUCAUUCUGCACCGGCACUCGAAGAGGUCGUUGUCAGUGUACCAAUUUCUAAAUCCGUCCGACAUAUCACGGAUAUGCAGGCCAGCCGUGGUGAUGCCCAAUUCUCUCCCUCGAGCGGGCUUCUUGAAUGGCGGAUUCCCACUGGCAAGGAUGCUGGAACGCUGUCUGGAACCGCGACACUCCGAUGCAGUGUCUCAGGUUACCCAUCAGCCGACGAUGACCUCGAUAGCCUUGAGGAUGCCGAUGAAGAUGCCAACGCAAAUCUUCUACAGGGCUACUACGAGGCUCCCACUUCAUAUAACGACACAUCCACAAGCACGUCCAAGAAACCCAGAUCUUCGGACCCCUCCAAGCGCAAAAAGAAGAAGAAGAAGUCAACGAAGAAGUCCCGCACCGUCCUACAUCCAGAAGUCACCGAGGAGGACCCCGCUCCGGCGACUACACCAUCCCCCAGUCACUCCAAACCCCCAACUCCUGCACCUCCACCCCAACCUCAAUCAUCAAAUUCCCACCUUCCCUCAUUCUUCGCCCCAUCAUCUACAUCCCGACCCGCUCGCCGAACUAAGGCACAGGUCAAUGCGAGCCUGAUGCCAAACUCGGCAUCAGUCUCAUUCUCCGUGCGAGGCUGGCUUCCAUCCGGUAUCAGAGUGGACAGUCUCAACAUCGACCCGCGGCGCAGCCGAGGCUUGGGAGAGAGUGUCAAGCCGUACAAGGGUGUCAAAUACCUGUGUGUGAGUAAUCGCGGCAUAGAACGUCGCUGUUGA